AUGCACAUUCAUUUAUUGUUAAAAAUGGCCGCAGUGGGUACAUUGAACGACGAAGCUUUGAAAAGAAAAGACCGUUUAAAAGCUAUGCGUGAAAAACAUACAGUUUUAAAUGAAAAUAAUACCGAAGCAGAUCCUGUAGAAAAAGAAAAACUUCCAAAGUAUGUCAUUUUAUGUAAUACAUGACCAUAUUAGUUAUUACAAUCGAUACAUUAAUUGCCAGCAUCAUUUAUAUUUUUGACGAAUUAUUAUAGGGACUUGGUAAGUUAACGGAGACUACUACUUUUUGUGUAUGGGAAUUCGCAAUCGGCGCCGAAAAAUCCGAGUUUUUAAUUUUCCGAUGUGUGUGUCUAUUUAUUAUUAAAUUUGUACUUUCGAUAUAUAUUUGAGUUCCGUUUUCGGCCUUAUCUUAUAAUUAGGUAGACAUCUUGGCCUAUAUUUUAAUCAAUUUCUUUUUCAUUUACAAUCAGUCAGCUUUGAGAAAAUCCUUGGUAUAAUUAAAUGAUGAUAAGACUGAGCUGCUCCCCAUCGCGACCGCUCAGAAGCAAAAAUCUGCAAAUAACACUACAUCCAUUACUCUCUCAGGUGUGCGUAUUGAGUUAGCUCAAACAGUGCGGUACCUGGGUGUCUACCUAGAUGGAAGACUAACUUUUGAAAGUCAUAUUAACAUGCUAUGCAAGGCGAUUUUUCUAGAGCUGCGCAGGAUUAGUCACAUCAGGCCCUUCCUAACAAUUGAUGCAACAAAGAGGCUGAUGUCUGCAUUUGUGCUAUCACGCAUGGACUAUUGCAAUGCUCUUAUGGUGGGUCUUCCAGCUACGCUCCUGGAUAAAAUUCAAAUAGCACAGAAUAAUGCGGCUCGCAUUGUUCUCCGCAAACGCAAGUUUGACCAUGCAAAAACACUUCUGAGAGAGCUGCACUGGCUGCCAGUGCGUGCUCGCAUGGAGUACAAAAUCGCAACUUUGUGCUACCGCUGCUUACAUGACCUGGCGCCGUCCUAUCUGAAAGAGCUGCUGACGCCUUAUGUACCCACUAGAGAGCUCCGCUCAUCCGAUAGUGGCAAACUCUCGACACCACGUGUUUGCCUUGAGACUUACGGAAAGCGCACUUUCGCAUUUGCUGGUCCACUAAUUUGGAACGCCCUUCCUGUCGAUCUCAGAAACAACCAGACACUGGAGUCCUUUAAAACCGAUUUAAAGACACAUCUAUUUCGCAAACACCUUCUGGGAUGAUUGUCAACAUUAUUUUCCAGUUAAUGCAUAAUGGCUGUGUUGCUUAUGGUUGAAAUGGCUAGAAAGACUUUGCCAUUGUAUGCUUGUACUUAGUUUUUGUCGUGUUGCGUUUGUUUUAAAUGUGGUCAACUAUAGAUUUGUUGUUUUUUUUUUUUUUGACUUUGUACCGCGCUUCGAGCCUUUGGGGAUGAAGCGUGUUUUUGAAAUGAACUUUAUUAUUAUUAUUAUUAUUAUUAUAUAUAAGGCAACUUUCAUCAUUAAAAUUAAGUCAAGUCGAAGGAAAAAAAUUGUCACUACCAAAUUUUUUUUGCAUCUGGGGAAUCUAUUGUCAGUAUUGAUCUACAUGUAUGCCAAUUUUCACAGCGAUAAGUGUCUUACGAGAGACGCCAUGUUUCUACGCGUUCGCAGCAGGUCAUUCAGCUCGCUCAACCUAAUUUCGCCAUGGGGUGGGCCACGCCCCCUUUUUAAUGGCGGAAGUUGCCGAUACUUAGGAAAAACCAAAACUAAGACCAUCGGUGAAUGCUCCUUCUGCUUCCAUGGGCCCACGUUGUGGAACCAGCUCCCCUUCCAUAUCCGUCAUUGUGAAACCUCGUCCAUUUUCAAAAAGUCCCUUAAAACUCAUCUGUUUAGGUCCGCCUAUGACCUGUGAUGCACCCUCCUUGCCCUGCCUCAUUUUCAGUUUCGGGUUGAUCCUGAAGUAUAGGCCAAAACGUGUCAAAGUGUCCUCCUUUUAUAGCCAUUUUCAUUGUUUCUAUAGUAUAGUAGUUACUAUCCUAGCGUCUCAUUUUUAUUUUACUUAGUUUACAUGUUUUUAAUAAUUGUAAAGCGGUUAGAGCUUUAUGGUAAGCGCUAUAUAAAAAUGCCUAAAUAAAUAAAUAAAUAAAUAAAUAUUAAUUUAUUAUCACUAUUUACAUCAAAAUAAUUGAUAACUUGUGUUUCAGAAUGCAUUUUGAAGACAUUUAAACUGGAAUGUUUUAAUUUGAGCUUUAACAACCCGGUAGAAUCCAUAUUAUAAAUGAUCAGAAUUUACCGUGUGCAACAGGUUGUCAUUGGCAACCAUUCACAGCCACUUGCAUAAUGGCUGUAUCGUAGUACUACCUCAGAGUUUCAUUCAUAAGAGUUUGCUGUGUGCAAAAACUACUAUACCAUUGGUCAGGGAAAGCUUUAAUUAAUUAUUCAUGUGCCAAAGUUGAAAGUUUAAACUAAGUCGACCCUAAACAGUAUUUUAGUGAUAAGGCGAUGCGUUGCCUUAUAUAAAGUAUAUAGUCAUUGCGCAUGACGCGAUCAGCGGAAUGAGGUCACAAGAUGUGGAGGUUUUGUCCAUAGUAAAAAAUACCAAACAAACUCACACUUUAAAAAUUCAUAGCUCAAAAAGUACUUAAGCUAAAAAGUUGAUUCUGGUUUCAUUUUUUUAUUUGAAAUUUGCUCUAACUAACAGUGUCAUUUAAAAAAUUAUUUAAAUUUUAUUAAUUGACUAGUAUUACUACUAGUUACACUAGUCAGUACAGUACUAGUACUAGUUGCAGUAAAUAACAAGGACCGAAUCUCCACAUUCUGUGACCUAUUUCUGCUGUUCGCGUCACAAGCUAUAACUCAUUUUAAUUAUUUUAUAUGACUUUUAGGCUAAAUCCGAGGACGGCUGUCAUGGCAUUUUUUGUGUGUAUAUUAUAGUUGCAGUGAAUUAGGGUUUAGGUUAGGUUGAGGGAUCGAUUUAGGGUUCAGGUUAGGCAUAGGGAUCAAUUUAGGGUUCAAGUUAAGCAUUGGGAUCGAUUUAGGGUUCAGGUUAGGCAUAGGGCAUAGGGAUCGAUAUUAUAGGGAUACAUUCGUGAAAUUCGAUAAAAUAGUGGCAGGCGUCCCCAUUGUUUACCGACUUUUAUUUUCAGAAUGAAUUCAGAAUACUGCAUUUAAAAGUAAUUUUAAGUAAUGCAAUUAUACUUUAAGUCAUUACUGACAUUAGUCAUUGUAAAUUAUUGCUAUGCAGCGUAUGUACUAUGACUAUGUAUAUCAGUAAAUUAAAUAUAAUAUAUUAAAUUAAUAUACGGCUUUUCGUAUCCGGAAAUUUCGUCGAAAGAAAUUUCGUCAACGGUAAAUUGAUGGACGGAAGUUUGAUCGACCGGAAGUUUGGUCGAACGGAAAUUUGAUAGACCGGAAGUUUGGUCGAACGGAAAUUUGAUCGACCGUAAGUUUGACCGAACGGAAAUUUGAUAGACUGGAAGUUUGGUCGAACGGAAAUUUGAUCAAACGGAAGUUUGGUCGAAAGGAAAUUUGAUCGAAACAAAGUUUUUGUGUGGUUUUUUUGGUGGUUUUUUGUUGUAAAUAAAAGGCUGCUUACUUUUGCCAAUGCUCAGUUCAGACAUUCAAAAGUUCGAUAGUUAAAUCUCUUUUUGAACGCACUGUAUAGUAGUGCAUAGUAAAACAAAAUAAUGUGUGCAAAAAGAAAUUUAACGCAAAAUUUGAUAGUGUGAACUAUGCAGCAAGUAUUAAGACAUUCGAAUUCGUGUGUGAAAUUGUGGAAAUCUAUAAUUAUACUUAUUACUAAUACUACUACUACUACUAUAUUUUAGAUUUUGAAUUUAUUUUAUUAUUUUCUUCCACGUUAUUAUAUAAUGUGUAAAAAUGAUAAUUAGUUGUUUUUUUAAAUGAUACAAUUUUGUUUAUUUUAACAUUUCCUUGUCAAAAGAGAGUUUUUGUAUACUAAAUGUUUGCAACAUUUCAUUUAUAAUGAUAUGAUUUAGUAUGUUUCCUUGGAAACAAGAUGUCCGCUCUCUCGGAAUUUACCAUACAUUUUUAAGGUUAUAAAUACGAAUAGUAAUCGAUUCAAAAUCAAACACAAUGUCUGGAAUCUGUGUAGUGUAAUGUAAAUGAAAAUGUCAGUAGUACUCAGGUCACUUGGUCUACUAGGUUGGGCUUAGUUUAGUCAUAGUUUAGAAGCCUAGGCCUAGGCCAAAGACUUUGUAAGAUUAAAUUUUAAUUAAGGUUUGCUUAGAAGUUGUAGUAGAAGUUUAAGUUAGUAAAUAAUGGUUUAAUAACACCUUCACCUGAAUUAUUAUAAAAAUAUCAGAUGUCAGAUGAUGUACCUUACUUUAUAAUUUAUACCAGUAGUAGUAGUAGUAGUAUAUAAAAAUAUAAUUAUAAUUAUAAAUAUUAUUCUAAAAAUAUUGCAGGCUAAGUUUCUAUAAUAUUAUUAAUUUACUUUUUUGUAGCUUGAGACUUAAUAUUAUGAAUUACAAAGUCGGCCUAAUGGAUACAUUCAAGAAGAAGAGCUAAAUUACAUAUAAGUAAUACUAUUUAAUGGGGUCUACACUAAGGAGAAUUGUGAAAAUGUUUCAUGAGCUAGCGAAAAUGAAAUUUUGUACACAUAAACCUCAAUAUAUUUGGAUUACAAAAUGAAAGACAUACUAUGAACAUUUCGAUUAAAUUUUUAUAAUGACAGAUGCUUUAUAUUGAAAUAGGAUUUUCCUCAAUUAAAGAUAAUAUAAAUAAAAAUAAAACUCUUAUGGGAAUGUAGGUCAAGAUGUCUUCUAAUGUGUAAAGGACUCCUGCUAUAUUAAAAUUACACUCACAUGAAAACAUUAAAAACUCAGAUUCUAUUCAACUUCAACAUUGAAUUGAGAGGGCCACUUGCAAAACCUGCAAAGUCAUGUUUUGAAAAAAAAAAUGAGUUAGUCUUAAUGGCUGGUUUGUUAAGUGUCAAUUUACUGUAUUUUAUGUAUUCAAGGAAUCAAGAACUUCAUUAAAGUCUAAAAUGUCACUAUCAUCAUCUUAAUGUCCCUUAGUCCUUGGACCGUUGGGGCGCCACAGAUGACAUUUGAACUAUCCUCCAUUUGUCUCUGUCUUCUGCACUACGCACAGCAUUGCCUAGUUUUAGUACCGUCCACUCAUGUUAUCCUCCCAUCUUUUUCUUUGUCUUCCUCUUCUUCUCCCUCCUCUUGUGGUGCCCUGCAUGAUUUCUUUUGGCGAGCCCUUGUUUCCUUGUCAUGUGGCCAUACCAUUGUAGUUUGCGCUUUUUUUUUUACAGUCACCAGCAGGUCAUCGUACUGCCCAAUAGCCUGGCGAACCUUUUCUUUCACUUUAUCAUUGGAGACAUGGUCCCUAUAGCAGAUGCCAAGAAUGCUUCUGAAACAUCUCAUCUCCAUCGCCUUUAUUUUCCUUUCAAGUUCUACUGUUAAUGUGCAGGACUCGCUAUAACAAAAUUUUAAAUGAUAAAUCACUAUAUAAUAAAGUUUAUUUACAAAAACAGGAUAGUGUAGGAUUAUGUUGGCACAUCUGUUAAAAAAAAUAAAUAUAUACAUACAUUAUGGCUAAUGUUGGUUAAGCACGCCACUUUGAGUUUGUUUGUGUAGGAUUCACUCCCUUUUUUAAAAUUUGUGGAUUGUUGCUAGACUAACUUUUCUUUCUUCUUAAAAAAUAUUAAUAAACAGAUGGCAUGUUUUAAAUUAUAAUUUCAUUGGGUGGUUAAUUAUAAUAUUUAAAUGAGUUGUCAGAAAAAUCAAUGCAAUACCCUUUUUCCAAAAUGACAUAAAAUUUAAAUGUUAAUUAUUAUUAAAUCAUGAGUACUGGUACUGUCGACUUAUUGGACAGAAACAGAAAAUUGAUGCGCUGGUACAGUUGGCUCAUGAGAGUCAAAGAGUUAGAUUUACUUUAAAAAUAACUUUUAAAAACAAUUUUUGAAGACCUAUCUUACUGAAUCCUAGCAGCCUAUCUAAAGUAAGUUGUGAAUAUCUAUUCUAAAGUGCCUAUACAUUUUUCAUACGGCUAUUCAACUAUUAAUAAACAUACAAUUGAAGAACAUUGGCUUUAUAGUAAACAUUACAUUUUAUUAUUUAAUUAUUAUUACUGGUAUUAAAUGUAAAAAAAAUUUUGAUUUAAAAUUAACUGUUUAAAGUUGUAUCUUGUUUUCUGUUAUAAUUGUUGUCAACAUCAUUGUACAAUCAUAGCUUAUAACUAAAUCAAAUUUAAUCAAAUGCCUUUCAUAUGUAAAAAAAAAUAGGGCAUAUUUUGGUGGUUUGGCUCAUAAUGAACAAAAACUUUUAACUAAUAAACCUCUAGGAACUGAACGCACUCUUAAAUCAAUAACUUCCUGUAAUUAAUAUUGUUACAGUAUCAGUUUUAUGACCCGUAUUAUUACCAUUGUACUAUAGUAUUAGCAAACUAAUGGGCAAUUAAUUAUAAAUUAGGAACCUAAUAUUAAUAAGGCCAAUUACAUGACAUUUUAUCCUAUUCCUAGGAUAAAUUCCUGUAAUAAAUUUUUGUUCUGUAAUAUUUAUAUUGAACUUUUUCCAUAGUAUUAAUAUACUUUGAGAUCCCUUUGUGGUAUUCACGUGUCUUGGUAAAACUUAGUAAAAUAAUAAUUUCAAAGAAAGCUUAUUUAAAUUUUAAGGAAUAUUACUUUCUUAUGUAAUGAGACAAAUAAAUUAUAAUGAUAUAAUUUGGAAAUUUCAAGAUAUUUAAACAGAAGAACUGUGUUUUGUAAAGAAAUAAAAAUGUAUAUUUCAUUAUCAACUUGUGACAUCUGGAGUUGUUUGGAUUACUUAUGUAUUGUGUGCGUUUGUCAGUCUCAACAAAUGCCUAGAUACCCAAAUCAUAAAUCACAGAGAGGAGCGAUCCUGUACCAACCACCGCUGUGUCAAAAUAGUUUCUGAUAAGUCAGGACCAAAGCCUUCCUCGUAACACCCGUUCUGUGACAGCAAAGUCUCAAUCCAGGAUUGGUCUGUUGGUCACAACCCUUUUUUUUUAAUUUCCCGAUGAGCAUCCUUGUAGCCCAGGCUACGUAGUUUUGCUAUUUGUUUUUGUCAAGUAGAAAAUGUAAUUUGUAAUGCAAAAUGUUUGCUUCUUGUUUGGUAUGUGCUGGUGUGUGUGGUGUGUCAUAUAAGUUAGAACAUUUGUUUAAACGUUUGUUGUCAAGCACUAUGUGAUGUAUUUUAUGUACCGGUAUCCAUGAUAGUUGUCUUUGUUGUAAUGGAAAGUGUGUGGAAUUUUUUGAUAGUUAGAGCAGAAUCUUUGGUUAGAGAAAAAAAGUCUUGAUUGAGUUGUACUAUUGUAUAUGAAUAUUUAUAAUUAGUAGUUGAGAAGGAAAUAUUAAGUAGAAUCAUUAUUAAAAGAUAGUAUUCAAGAAAGUAUUGUGUUACUUGUAACUCAAUCCGUAAUGUUUGGAUGUUUGUAUAUAUUAAUCCCACUGACAAAUGAGAGGACUUUAUUAUAUACCGGACUUAUGUACCGGUAUCUUGAGUGAGAUUAUGUCAUAUCAUAUCAUAUCAGAACUAUACAUUACUCAUGCCGACACACACAAAACGAAGUGUUCAAUUAUUUCCCACUCUAUUAGAAACAGAACAUUUAAUGCUACAUUUUAUUUUAAGAAAUAUAUACAUUUGAAACUUACUUUGCAUUAUUCACAAUGCAAAUUUUUUUUUUAUUAUCUAAGACCAACAUUCAGAAGCUACAAACCAGAGAGUCAAUCUUUAAAGGAACAGACAAAAGAGGCUGUGAAACCUGCAGAUGGUAAGAAUGAAUGUCAACCAUAAUUUUUAAAAUUAAUGGCACUAGAAUGAAAACUUUGACUAAUGUCAAGGAUAUGAUAAAAGCAUUUAAUCUAUUUCAAAAAUUGCAUAUGGUAGGUGUAGGGAUUGUUUUUUUUUAUAAAGAUUUUUCUUGCUGAUAAGUUUCAAGCACUACAAAUACAAAAGGUGAAAAGAGAAUUAACAUGGCAUGUCUAAAAAAAUAUGUUCUGAAAAAAAAUAUUGAUUGUGUUAUGAACUGGUUUCACAAGUGUGGUCAGGUUGCGGAUGGAAUGUGAUGAGCCGGGGGUGAAUUGUUUACUUAGACCUAAUUAUGUGAUUGGUCGAGGUGUAAAUGGCAAUAAACAAUUGAGGCAAUUUGCUGUGUAGAUACAGGUUGCAAGUAUUUAAUGUUAGAGUGCUGUUAGUGUGUUAAGCUAUGUUGGCAGUGAGUUUUUCUAGCUGGAGGGUAUUAGAGUCAUUGUGUAAUGUUAAGAUAUUGAUCAAAUCGACUGAGACUUCUGGCAAGGCAGGUGUUCCUUUUUUGAUUUUAUAAAUUAUUAUACUUGCGUAGCUCUAAAUAAAGAACUGUACUAUUUGCAACCUGGUGUUUUACUGAUUAUCAUCCAAUGUGGAAGAAAGCAUUUGUUGUACAGAGUUGAACAGUCCGUUCAGUAAACGUACCUACUGCAGGAGUUUUUUUAAAUUGUGAACUAGUCCUAAGAAGGACUAGUUUGCAACAUUUGGGGGCCUUUUCAAAACAGCUUGCUUUAAUUAUAUUUUGACUAUUAAUUUUUUUUCUGAAUAUAGUGAAAGAAUCUAUAAAAGAUCAGUUGGAAGCUGGAAAAACAGAUCAUGUUGUUACAGAAGUGGUAAGUUUUGUAAAGUGGUAAGUUUUUUCAUGUUUGUUGCUACAGAAGUUGUUACAGUUAAGAAUUUCAAUUGCAUUUCUUUUUUUUUUAAUGUCAUAUAAGUAUAUAAGCAACAGAGAUAUGAAAAUAUAAUUCAAUUUAAAUGGUCUAUUUAAUAAAUGAAUUGUCAAAAAUGUUUAUAGAACUGAAGCUGCUCAUUGGUAAUAUAAAUAGGUUUUUAGUCUACGUGAUAAAUAAUGGAAAUGAAAUUCGAUUUUUGCAUAAAUGUUUUUAUAAAUUGUACAUAUCAAAUACAGUUUCUUACUAUCCCAAAAUAAAUUUAGAUUAAAUUCCUCACAAUGACUUUUUAAAAACGAUUAUUAGAUUGAAUUUGAUUAUUCUAAACAUGACUUUAAAAUUUCGAUUUUCUUAAAAGGAUUUGAGCAACUUAGCCCCACGUAAACCUGACUGGGACUUAAAACGAGAUGUCAGUAAGAAAAUUGAGAAGUUGGAAAAAAGAACACAAAGAGCGAUUGCUGAAUUGAUCCGUAAGAAUUUGCUCUGCUAUAAAACUAUUUAGUCACUUACUUCCUCAAGAAGCUAUUGAUUAAAUCCUGAAACAAACUUAAGUUUUAUUUUUUUGUGUAUGAUUCAUAAAAAUCUUUAACACUUUCUGUAGACUUCUUUUGUUGUCAAAGUUUGUAGGAGAAAGACAGUAUAAUAAAUUUGCCUUUGAAUCUUGGAAAAUAUGAUUUUUAAUAAAUAUUAAAUUGAUAUAAUUGCAAAUGUGAUAUAAAAUCAACUGUGAUAAAAAAUUUGGCAUGACUUUUUAAGAAACAGUAAUUUGGGGUAGGAAGUUAAGCAUGAUCACACAAUUGUAAAAAUAUGUUGAAAUAUUAAGCUUACAAAAUGGGAUGAUGCAGUGAACAAGUAAGUUACCGUAAUUUAAAAUAUAUGUAAAUAUAUGAGGCGAUAUAUUUUAAUUCAUGGCUUUAUUGCACCACAUGAUAUGAAAGUAUUUAUUUAUUUUUUACCAGUUUGCAAUCUCUUUCUGAGAACUUGUUUUCUCAUGAAUUAAUUCUGUGUCUAUUGCCUUGAGUUUAAAAAAAAAAUUAUUUGACAGCAGCUUAAAAAAUAUAUUUUAUAAAUAAAAAUUCAUUUUAUCUUAAAGCUUUUAGUUAUUUCUAUAAUCCAUUGUGAGGUAUUUGUCAAGAAUUUGUGUAUUCUUUCUGCAGGUGAAAGGUUGAAAGCAAGUCAAGAAGAUUUAGCAUCAGUUGUCAUGGGAGAAGUAAUGACAAGGGUUAGAGUUAAUGAUGAAAAUUAAUUUCCUCUGCAUGAUUAUGUAAUUUUCUGAGAUGAUUAAAAAUGAUAAAUUGUAACAUUGACUUGAGUGAGAAAAAGUACAAUAAUGAAAAUGUGAAUGAAUGACUGUUGUUAGCCAAGCAGUAAAAGUUUGUGAAUGUGUGUGUGUGAGAGAGAAAGAGAGAUCUGAUAAAACAUCUUUUGUAAAUAUGAUUUUUUAAAAUUACUUUAUGAUUCAUGACUUGUUAGAUGCAAUAUUGAAAUAAAAACAUACUUAUCAAUUAUGUUUACUUAUG